AUGCCAAUCUUCAACAACAUCUCAAAUUCGAGCGAAAAUUUCCGGAUGCAAAUAUGCUUCCUCGUGCUCUUGUGCCUGCCAAAAUACCGCGUCUCCCAGGAAAAUACCGUGUCCCUAGCAGUUCUUUACUCCCCUCCUAUCUUACGUUUGGCUGCCAUAUUGGCUGAGUGGAACAUGUCAGUGAUGAGGUUCAUUAUGGCCGCGCCUCGUCCAAAUCACUUGUCUUUGGGGAGUUUCCAUGAAUAUGGUUAUUCACUGCACAGUGAUUCUGAUGCAUUCUUGCAGUCCUACAAUUCACAGAUACAAUCUAGUCACAAACACUGCAAACUGAUUGUAAAAGCUGACCAAACUGACAGGUCCUGCAACAUCCUUACCACUGCACACAGCAACUGUCCACGCGACAAACAGGCGGUCAAGGAAGAAAUGGAAUGGCACCACACUAGGUGGAGGUUCCGCACCGAGUUGAUUGGGAAGCUCCUCACAGCAAGGACUUAUCACGACAUCGUCAAAGUGCAGCAAGCACAAUUGCUGCACCUUUUGAUUGGGGAAUUGGCUUACAAUCAGGGCCUUAGGACUCCCCACACGCCAUCCCUUCCUUCCAACACGGUCGAUUAUCUUUUAAGGUUACCUGUACACCCUUGUGUGACUUCUCCGGAUCACCCAGUGCUACAAAUUGACUUCCAGGAUGGAAUGCCAAAAAGCUUUCACCAUUACAUGCGGUGCAAGCAGGUCAACAAUCUCAAAGACCGACUAGAAGGCUUUCUAGAAAUGCAUACAGACGGGCCGGGGUCAAUCAAGCGACAUCGGCAAUGGAGUACAGCCAACUCCCUGUCAGACCCUCCUACGCUGAGAUUUUGA